GCGUACAGUAAAUAAAUGCAGCUUUAACGUCAGCGGAUUAACUUCAGUUCAAAGUAUAUAUUAUCGCGUGGAAUAUAAGAAAGUAAUACAACAUCGACAUCAACAAUGUGUCGCUUUAAAAAAAUAAGAUUAUCAAUUUAUUAUAUUUAAAAGAAACUCCAUUAUACAUUUUUAUAUGUAUAAACAACAACAAUGAAACAAUGAAACUCAGCCCGUACCCAGCUGCGUCCGUGUCGCCUCUCGGUCAGAAUGUGUUGCAUUUCUAUUCAACUCAAAUAAAUAUCUACUAGAAGAAAAAAAAAAAGCACUUCCCGUUCCCGGAAAGAAGAAGUGCAUACACACACCCUCGCAGUUAUACUUACCGUAAAGACUAUAAUACGAGGGCAAGUUGGUUUUUUAAAAUCUUAAAAAGUUUACCUAAUGUUUAUUCGCCAUUUAAAAAACAACUUUAAUUCCUCUUUUUUUAACUUCAUAAUAUCGGCACAGCAAAAUACCGUGUCUCGACUGUCAUAUAUACUUUGUAAUUAAUGUACAUAGAGACGUUAUUUAUGACAUUAGGGUAAUGAGCUUUAAGGCUAAAGCCAACAGUAAGUUACAGCUAAACGGUAUGAAUUAAUCUCAUAAAUUUAAACCAUUAAAGCAACUAGGAAAAUGAUUCGUAUACUUGCCAUACUUUUUUUGCUAGCAGUUGAUAUCAUGAAACAAGCAUAUCCAAAUGCUGGUUCAGGGACCAGCUUUAGUACAUAAAUAGUGUUUUUUUUAAAAAUACAUUUUAAAUGCUACUUUCUUUAAAUACAUGUUUAUGUUGCUUAAAUCUUAUUCACUGUAAAAUAUGCUACUGUAUCCUGGAGCUAUUUUCAUGUCAAUAUCAACAACUCUGAGAUUGUUUUUUUAAUUAUUUAUUUUUUUAAUAUUUUUAGUGUCUGGGCAAAUAUCUAGCUUUUGAUUUCGGUAAUUUAACCUGUUUGGUUUGUCAUGUUUAAUUUUUUUUUUAAUAGUCUUCUGUUGCUGUUGUGCUUUAUCUGGGAUCUUAUCCCUCUGGUCUGUCUUGAAUUUCAUGUUGAAUGUUCACCCUUUGGAAGUGUUUAUACAUGUUUAAAAUUUUACAUAAAUAUAGUUUUGAUUAUUAACCUAUCCCUUGGGUUUCAGUAGAAUCAUGUAGAAUAAUAACAUGCAUGUCUUUUCACAUUUAACCCACGGUCCAUAUGUUGUGGGAUCUUGUUUAAUUGAUGCGUAAUGUGAGCAGCGUGUGAGCCAAUAUGUUUUGAUCAUGUGUCGAAUGACGUCAGGGCAGAGCUGUGCUAUUGAAGCUGUGUAGCAAAACAAGGGACGUGGACCAUUGGUUGACAUGAAUCCACGUCAUGAGCUGCAUCCUAUACAGACAUGUUGGGUAAAGCAGCAUCUACUCAUUUACAGUAUGUUUCUCACCAGGCUGAGUAAUGUUUACCUUUGAGGGAUUAAUCCCAGCGUAGCUUUGCUUAGCAAUGGGAAUCUAAAGGACUUUUUUUUUUUUUUUUUAACAAGUCAAUUAUAUUUUUUAAACACUUAUGUGACAAGUCUAAAGUCUUGUUCCAGAGAAACUGAUUUGCUCCUGCGCCUAUUUGAAGGCCCUCUAUAAAUAGGAGCGUGCUGGCAACACAUGCAUGUCUAUGAUAGGCAGUUGGAGAGUUUUUUCUCCGCAGUCUCUACAGGUCCCACAGCAACACUGGCAACAUUUCAAUGGGUUUUUUACAUGGACUACUUUGCCAAACUUGAGUCCUGAGUAUUUUUGGGUCCCAUCUGUGUAUGUCAAUCGUUUUUGUGAAAUUUCUGUGAAUCCCUCCAGUGGACAAUGACUUCCAGACGGCCGAUGACACGCUCUUUUUCUGCCAAUGGGAGGACAAGCAGCUUCAACGACGAGGAUGGCAACUCUUCUAACGGCCGAAGAGAGAGGAGCAAUAGUUACCUCUCGAACGUUCGGCCUGAAAACAGCUAUUCAAGGUAUUCUCACUACAGGCCAAUGAGGAGCACACUCUGCACCGUCAUGGCCCAGCUGACGGAGGACGUGCAACCCUCGUUUGAAACCACCCUGAAGUCAAAGGCAGUCUCGGAAAACUGUAACGUGAAGUUCAGCUGCGUGGUGUCAGGAACCCCAGCUCCAGAACUGAAAUGGUACAAAGAUGACACUGAAAUGGACCGUUACUGUGGACUCCCAAAAUAUGAGAUUCGUCGGAACGGAAAAACCCACACUCUCCAAAUUUACAACUGCACACUGGAUGAUGCGGCCAUCUAUCAAGUCUCAGCCAGCAACAGCAAGGGGAUCGUCUCCUGCUCAGGAGUUCUUGAGGUCGGCACAAUGAACGAGUUCAAGAUACACCAACGGUUCUUCGAGAAGCUGAAGCAGAAAGCAGAAAAGAAGAAGAAAGACCUGGAUGCUCAAACCAAGAAGCAGGAUAAAGAAAACACACCAGCGGAGAGGCCACCGCAGAGCAGUCCAGAACGUCCUCCGAGGAAGAGACACAUGCAACCACCACAGGAGAAUCUUGUGGUGAAGAAGCCCGACGACGCAGAACAAAUGGGAGCUGCUGCAGAAGUCAAUGGAGUUACAGCGGAAACGACGCCGGUGCCUUCCACAGGAAGUGACCUGAAGAUGGACAUAUCACCCCCUAGUGACCCUUUGGCCAAGAAAAAAAUAAAGAUCUCAAAUGGAGUGGAUGCUGGAGUUGGCGGUGCUACUAGCAGCAGUAGUAACAACGGCAAGAGUCAAGUGACUGGUAACGGAAGUGAAAAUCAUUACGAUGGAGGGAAGGGUUUGGCGCAGUUUCUUGCAGAGACUCUCCAGUCUCAGGCUGCCGAGGAGAAACAGAGCUCACCUCCACUGGAGAAACGCUUAACUGACAGUACAGACUCAGAGAGGGAAGAACGUGGAAAACCUUGGACGGAAGACCAAGACAUGGUGGAAAACCGGGAAGAGGUCAUGGCGUCAGAAAAAGUGACUGAAAAAGAAAAAUCCCUGGAGUCGUCGCCUGCUUCAGUCCACAGGAAACACAGUUUGGAGGCCAAACAUCACAGCAGAGCUCACAAGGAUCACGAACACCACAACAUCCAGGCGUCCAUAUCAUCUGUGUUCCACUCUGUCAAAGACUUCCUUUUUGGCAAAACCAAGAAGGAUUCCCGCGACCACAGGGGCAGCAAGGAGAAAGAGUUGGACCGCGACCCUGGUCAGCCAGAAACGCCACCAUCGUCAAGGCUUCAACCGCAACGUACGCCAGACGUCCACAGGCCUCUGGUGGAGAGCAUCGUGCCAAUGGAAACAAAUGACCCCGAGGCGCCUUCAGAUAGUACGGAUAAAGUGCAACAGUUGGCGUCUCUGACCGUCACCCACAAACACAAGCAGGAAGACCUUUUUCCACACAAAGAGGUGCCGACAGCUCGUAAACAACCACCUGAGCUUGUGGAGAAGCUCACGGAGCAGGAGGUCAAGGAGGCCGAGGAACUUGUGGAGGCCAUGGAGGUGGAGCCGGAGAGCAGCAGUCUGGGUCAGGAUACGUCGUUGAUCCAGCCUCGGGUUCACAGUGAGAUUAAAGACAUAUAUUCUCAGGCUGACUCAGCUGUUCAACAUGUUCCUCCUAAACUGAAAGAUCCAGAUUGUAGUGAUGCGUCCGUCUUAUCAGAGAUCAAAGCAGCUGAUGAAGUACGACACCCCCUCGUGGCAUCUAUCACUACGUCAGAAGAAGACACAGUUCUCCUCCAAGGUCUUAUCUCAGAGUCAGAGAGUGACAACCCUGACCGGGCACCGACUGAAACAGUGUGUCAAGAGGAACCUACUCUUUACAAGAUGGAAGAAGAAGAGGGAAGAACCGCCAAGGAGGAACGAAACUCUUUCAACGAGUUGUGUGGGGGAAAAAAAGAUGAAGUACAAAUAAGGGAAGAGCCGUAUAAAGUUACAUCUGAGUUUACAGAAUUAUCUUUUUUGGUAGAGAAAAUUGAACCUUGUGGAAUAAAAACACCAGAUCAGGUGCUUCCACCCUCAGCUGUAUCAGAAGACACGAUAGAAAAGGGUGUUGCGGUAGAGGAGAGUGAAAGUGCUGCAAUGGUUCAGGAAAUGAUGGUAGAACUUGCUCCCACUGCAGCGAGUUUAGAGAAGAUUAACCUGAAAAGUGAGCGUGAAGGCACAGAGGAAACUGUGAGAGCCCAAAACCUCAGCGCAGAACAGAGUUCAAGUUCAGGUCUUGUUGUGGGUGAGGACAGAAGUCACGUAGAGGUUGAAAUUAGCCCUGCUCUAGAGGAAGGUUUACAGGUUGAGACGUUGUGCAAAACAGAAGAGCAAACAGUGUUAGAAGGUGAGAAGGAAGAGGGGAAAAAUGAGGAUUCCCAGACUGAGACGGAGACAGAGAGGAAGGUGGAGGAAAUAGAAAUGUUGGAGGAUACAGAAAUACCUCCAGUUAUGUCGAUACUGAAUGAGCUGAGGAGUGAGGUAUCGGAAGAACCUGGUCAAAGUGCACGCAGCGAUAACAGUCAGACGCAGCUGCAGUGGCCUUCCGAGAAAAUUCCACAGAUCCAAAUAUCUGUUGUUGACGACAGCACUCAUUUCUCAACACCAGAUCUAAGCAACUAUGAACGCUUCAUCAUCCCUAAAAUUGAAAUAUUGGAGCCUGAACACAAGGAAUGUAGUGUUGUGGAAUCAGAAAUUCCAAAACCUGAACUGGAACAUGAUCAGACCGAUCUGUCAUCCGAGUUAAUAAUGGAAGAAAGGAGUGUGUCUGAUUCUCCGGGCUUACCGCCCUCAGACACAGGUAUGCAGGGGGAAGACAACCUCUCGCCUACCAAGGUAGUCAAGGAACCAAACCAGGAAGUGAAAAUGCAGGAUGAGGGGAAAAGCAUAGAGCUCCCUCAGAUGGAAUACACUUCACUUCCUGUCAUAAACAUUUCCUGCUCUGAUGACACCAACAGCGCACUUCCUGUGAAUGGACACAAUCCACUCUCACCAUCGCAACCUUUACAAGCUCCAACGGUAUCUUUGUUUGUGGUGCCACCGAUUUCUGUCACUUGUCAUGAAAGUGACCCUGCCCUCCAAUUUCACACAAAGAGAGCUGAGUGGGCAGAAACUGAAACUGUGAGCUUCAUACAGAGAGAAAUCAAGCAGGAUGUGGGUGGCAGUGUCACAGUGAGGCCUGAGAAAAGUAGAAAGCAGAACAUUGAAGAAGAGGCCCAAAAGAGUGUGAAGGAGGAUUUGCUUCCCGAAACUCCAAAAGUCGUGCUGCCAAAGGUCACUGAUAACGUACCAUCUUUCAACAAGACAUCGGACGACGUCAUCGUUGUUCCUGAUUUGACGAUGAAGGUGAAACCUCUCAAAGAUCCCAAAAGUGAGACUUUCGUAUCUGUCGAGGACCUUCAGAGGAACAGGUCGUCUGUUGACCGACUCAGUUCUAAACCUCCGGCUCAUCCUUCCUUAAGUCCAGCCAGUCUUCGCAGAUUUAUGUCCAAAACUCUCUCAGACUUAGACGGUGACACCGUCACUGGAGACAAAGCAGACGAGGACCUGAGUGGGGGCUCCACGCCCACGACCUCCCUCUCCUGUGAGAACAGUCCCAGAAUGAAGCGCAGGGACAGCCUGACGCUCAUACGCUCCGCCACUCCAGAGGAACUGGCGUCUGGAGCUCGCCGCAAAAUCUUCAUUCCAAAAGCCAAAGAUGACGGGGACGGAGCGGUGGACGCUCAGGGCAAGAAGGACAACCCCUACAUGUCUCCCAGCCAGGCACGCAGAGCGGCUCUGCUGCAGGCCUCCAAAGGACCCAACACUCCACCCAUGGAGAGGCGCUCCCCUCUGCUGGACCGCAGGAAAGCAACGCUGGAGGUGCCGAAGGCCACGGAGGAGCCGAUUCCCAAAGAAGAACCAGUCAGCAAGAAAGAGGAGAAACAGGCUGAAAAGAAACCCGAUCCCUUGAAAGCACCUCAGGUCAUCCGUAAGAUCAGGGGAGAACCUUUCCCGGAUGCCUCCGGACACCUGAAGCUGUGGUGCCAGUUCUUCAACGUACUCAGCGACUCCACCAUCAAGUGGUUCAAAGAUGAGGAGGAAAUACUAGAAGUGAAGCGAAGCGGCGGUGACGAAACCCAGGUAGCGCUUGCUAUCAUUUUAGCAUCCAACCAAGACUGCGGUGUUUAUGGCUGCACGAUCAAUAAUGAAUAUGGGACGGACACCACGGACUUCCUCCUCAGUGAAGAUGUUCUGGCUGAAAUACUGCUUCGAGAUGAUUUGGAAGUUGGAGAGGAAAUUGAGAUGACGCCACUGCUGUUCCCCAAAGGCCUGGUCGACAGCGGGAUCUGGGCUGAGAAAUACUUUGGCCGCAUCAUGACAGAGAAAGUUCAGAUGGGGGAGGGCUACGCUCACAAGACCAGUCGGGUGAGGGUCAUCUAUGGUCUGGAUCCUGUCUUUGACUCUGGAAUAAACUGCAUCAUCAAAAUCCACAACCUCAUCCCGUACGGAACUAAACAGGAGAGCAACCUGGCAGAGAGGAAUCUGGAGAUCACCAAGCACGAAUGCAAAGUCCAAGACAUGAUUCGGGAAUACUGUAAAAUCUUUGCAGCAGAAGCAAGAGUCAAUGAGAACUUUGGGUUUUCACUCGAAGUGAUUCCUCGGUAUCUGAUGUACCGACCUGCGAACUCGGUGCCGUACGCCUCGGUGGAGGCAGAUCUGGAAGGUGACUUUAUUCAGUACUGUACCAUUGACCCUAAAGGGAAGUUGUUCACGCGAACUAGCUCUGAAGUGGAGCUGAAAUGCAGCACUUUCCAGCACUGGAUCCACCAGUGGACACAUGGGAACUUACUUGUGACGAGACUGGAAGGUGUUGAAACCAGGCUGACUAACAUUGGAGUAGUGACCAAGUCAAAAGGAUACCAAGGAUUAACGGAGGUUGGCUCCCCUGACGUCUUCGAACAGUUCCAGACUCACCAUCAGUGCAACUACUACUGCGGACUCCUCGGGCUGCGCCCCCUGAAGUCCAUGGAGAGCCAGUCCACCAAGAUUAAAGGCUCCAGGAGCCCACUCCUCAACCGCAAGAUAGGGUCCAGCAGCCCGCAGACGCAGCGUAAAGGACAGAGUCCCCAGACAACCAGGAAGGCUAACUCUAGUCCCAAGGUGACCAGAAAGAUUCAGGAGUUGGAGGACAACAAACCUGAGACUCAGAACCUGAAGCCUUCAGAGACUGUGGGAGCUCUGGAAAUGAGAUAAGAAGAAGAGCUUCGUCUGUAUCAGGUAAAAUGUCAGAUUCUUUACGAUGACCCACGAUGGCACAGGAGGGAAGAGCGAGAGUAAGGACGUCUAACUGUGAAUUUCAACAUAGAAACUAUUAAUAAUAAUUGCGAGUUUUAAGAGUUUAAAGCAGAGGUCCCCAACUUUUUUUUUUGGCGUAAAAACCGCAAUAAUAAAACGUGUAUUUAAUAAUCCAUCAGAGAGAAAGCUGUGGUGAUCCAUCUGGAAUUUUACUGUAAAAAAAACUCUCCUUUUUUGAAGCUUAAACUUUUUUUUCUCCCCUUUUUGCUCUCCAAAGACUUUUAUUUUGAAAGAUGUCUUGAAAUGUGUUAAGAGCCGUUUGUGAUCGGAAGAUCCAGUCAAUUUUCAAAAUAAAACAUCACUUUUACGCAGAUAUUAAAUCAAAUUUAAAACCUUUUUUUUUUCUCAUUGCGGCCCAAUAUUGGUCCGGGCCCCGGUGGUUGGGGACCUCUGGUUUAGAGAGUAUUUAGGGUGAUGGACUCGAAGCGUUUUACCUUAUAGGUAUACUGUAUAUUUGUCAGCUUCAUCUCAAAGGCUGUUCACAAGAAGGGGACAUAGCCAUUUGUUUCUGAAGUACAGCUCAGGAAGAAGACGGCAGUUGGUACUGAGCCACCAGGGGGAGAUGAUCGCUCCUUUUUCCUCCAGCUGCUCCCUUUUAAGGUCACUAGAGCACAUGACCUGCCUUCACUUCAAUGUUCUCUGUUAUUCCAACAUUCAUCUGCAGAUCAUCCUUCACUACAUCCAUGGAUCUACCUCUUUUACGCCCUCUCCUGGCUGUCCCAACCUCAAUCUUUCCUCUCCAACUUUAGCUAGUUGCAGAGACUGGAAAUGACAUGGCUAAUUCUCUGACGAUAUUAUCCUCUCAACCGCUUGUUUAUUAUGGGGUUUUUGUUUUUUUUUUUUCAUUUCAGUUUUUUUUAUUAUUCAUCAUGCUUCUGUCGGCUCCUGCCUUUGAAGAAAGACAUUUCUUGGUCGUUAUAGAAGGCAUCAGGCCAUGUCCAUGUACAAUGCAAGUCCGUGAUGACUUUUAAGAAAGAAAAGUUGACCUAUGGAAACUUUAGACCGAUAUAUUAACAGAGUAAGUUGCUGGAAAACAUUUGUAAAUGACAGGUCAGUUCAGUUAGACUCUGACAGUCGUAAGGGAUUUCUUCAAAAUUAAGUCUAAUUUCCAUCUUAGAUCUCCUCAAAUGUUUUCAUUAUUUAAGCAGCUACAGCUAUGCCCAUUUCUUCUGUUCUUUCUUUGCUUUAAACCAGUGUUUCCUAAGUGAUGGGUAAUUUUAGUAGUUGAUGGUUGAUCUCAGUUUUGUCAAAUCCUAGUACUGCAAAACCCAUCAGCUUUAGAGAGGACUUAUUUAAGAUCCUACAAAAUGUGACGAUGAAUUUCUGGCCUGUGUAAAAAGCAUUCAGAUAUUGUGGAGAAUUCCUGGUCUUUGUGACAACGACGUUGAAUCGCUGUUUUAAAACUGUGAAAUAUGUUUGAAUCAUUCAGACCGACAGGUAUUAAAUACUUGAUGCGAUCAGAGCCGCAGAUACAGCUGAGGUUGGAGGUGUGUGUAUGAAACGCUGCAUGCCCGUCUGUGAUGUACGUUACGGUAAGUGUGCAUGGUGUAAAGGUUUAUUUCAAAGGUUUCGUUAAUAUCUAUGUUUACUAUUAGAACAGUCUGUUCAGAAAUUCACCAACCAGCAACGUUGAGCUCAUGCUGCAGGAGAAAGGUAAAAAAAACCCACACAUAUAAUUUUGCGCACUUUGUUUUGGGUCUUCUUUUUUUUAGUAGAUUUUAUGUCUGUGUUUGUCUGUAUCUGUGUAUAAAUCAUCACUUUAUGGUAGGUUGUGUUACACAAUCUCUCAACACCUGAGUCAUAAAUGGUGAACCUGUCAGCUGUGACGUGCUAAUGCUGAUGGACACGUGACUUUGUUCCCACUGAGUUGUACUAUGGACUGAGAUAAAGGCACAGUUGAACCCAACUUCGGGGGGAGAGGGGGGGGGGGGUGAAAACACCCUGUGCUUGACUUUACACAUGUGAAUGUUGCUCAGGUACAGUUAAUCCACAAUGAUAGCACGCUGCUGUUUUUCUUUUUUUUUUUUUUCUUUCUUUUUUUCUAGCCCAAUCAGCUUUUGUAUGUGGGUGCAGAAUGGGCCAAAAAGUGGGAUGCAUACCAGUUGGCCUGAAAAUUCAAUGUAGGCCAAGUGAAAGUCUGCUAAGGUCACGUUAGUUUAGCUAUGAUGUCAAAGUAUAAUCAUUGGAUUGGAAUGUGUUUUUUUUUUCAUAUACUGAUUUCAUGAAAAUACUCUGGGUUAAAUUUUAACAGACAAUAAUUUGAUGACAAUGCACGGGAAAAAGAAGCAAAAAAGAAAAAAAA